AUGGCAAGCCUACGAAAAACCCACCCACUCAUCAAAAUUGCUAAUGACGCAUUAGUCGACCUCCCAGCCCCAUCCAACAUCUCAGUAUGAUGAAACUUUGGAUCCCUUCUAGGACUCUGUUUAGCAUCACAAAUCCUUACAGGACUAUUCCUGGCCAUGCACUAUACCUCUGACAUUUCAACAGCCUUCUCCUCCGUCACCCACAUCUGCCGUGAUGUCAGCUACGGCUGACUCAUCCGAAACAUGCACGCCAACGGAGCCUCAUUCUUCUUCAUCUGCAUCUACAUGCACACCGCCCGAGGCCUAUACUACGGGUCCUACCUCUACAAAGAAACAUGAAACAUCGGAGUAGUCCUCCUCCUUCUAGUAAUAAUGACUGCUUUCGUCGGCUAUGUUCUCCCAUGAGGGCAAAUGUCAUUCUGAGGAGCAACCGUAAUCACCAAUCUUCUCUCUGCCGUACCAUAUGUUGGGGACGCACUAGUACAAUGAAUCUGAGGAGGUUUCUCUGUAGAUAACGCAACACUGACUCGAUUCUUUGCCUUCCACUUCCUCUUCCCCUUCGUCAUUGCCGCAACCGUAGUCCUACACCUUCUUUUCCUACACGAAACAGGCUCUAACAACCCAGCGGGACUAAAUUCGGAUGCAGACAAGAUUUCCUUCCACCCAUACUUCUCAUAUAAAGACAUCCUAGGGUUCGCAGUACUCCUGCUAGCCCUUACAUCCCUGGCCCUAUUCUCCCCCAACCUACUAGGAGACCCAGAAAACUUCACCCCAGCCAACCCUCUAGUGACCCCUCCACACAUUAAACCAGAAUGAUACUUCCUAUUUGCCUACGCCAUCCUCCGGUCCAUUCCAAACAAACUAGGAGGGGUACUUGCCCUACUAUUCUCCAUCCUUGUACUUAUAGUGGUCCCAAUCCUACACACAUCUAAACAACGAGGACUAACAUUCCGACCAGUGACACAAUUCCUAUUCUGAGCCCUAGUUGCAGACGUCAUUGUCCUAACCUGAAUCGGAGGAAUGCCAGUAGAACAUCCAUUCAUUAUCAUCGGCCAAGUUGCAUCCGCUAUCUACUUCGCCUUAUUCCUCGUCUUCAUCCCACUAGCAGGGUGAUUCGAAAACAAAGCCCUUGAAUGAGCCU